AAAGUGAAUUUUAGGUUAAGAGAGACACUGACUCCUGCUCACAUCUAACCCGUAGUUAGAAAAGGAACACAGUGAUAAGAAGAUGUUCCAACAAGAGUGCAAGAACCUCACAACUAAGACUGCUCAGCAGCAGCAACAACUUGAGGAGCUGAGAAAGCAGAAGGAAGACUUGGAAGACAAAAGACACGAGUUAGAAACUAACAAAUUUCAGCAAGGUGUUCUGGAAGAAAGAAUACGAGAGUUGGAACAUGACUUGGAGAAGAAUGGGAAAGAGAUGGAGGAAUCGACAAGACUCAGUAAAGAGUUGCAGGAAAGAGUAGACGAGUUGGAGCAUGAUCUCAGGCGCAAGACUCAAGAGUGCUGCAACAUGGAGUUAGUCAACUCUGAGAUAGAGGAAAAAUUGGAGCAGGUUCAGGAGAAUUUUGCAGUCAGUAAGAGACAGUGCCAGUCCUUGGCAUCCCAGAAAGCCCAGCUACAGAGUGUUGUAGAAGAGCUAGAGGUAAAAGUGGAGGAGUCCCCCCGGCAGGCCACUAAGAAGAUGCUUGAACAGUAUGAGGAGCUCGAGCAUAGGUUACAAGAGGUGACUGAUGGCUUGUACUGAAUCAUCAUACAGGUGGCAUGGUCAUGGGCCCUUUUCCCUAACCUUCUAGUG